UCGGCUCUGAGUUUCGAGUCCAAGAGAUACCAAAUUAAACUAUUUUAUUUCGGCCGAUUUCGCAGUUUCUAGCAAAUGGCUACUACCAAUCUUCAGUAUAUCCUAAACCCAUUCCCAAGACCCACUUUUUCUCCGAAACUUUUAGCUACUAAAGCUCCAAAAAUGGUGUUCAAGUGUGGUUGUAGCAAUAACAGUAGCACUCGUGUAGGGGAAGAUGUUUUCUCCCUCACUUCUUCCAGCGAAUGUGAUAUUGAUUAUCUGGGACAAAGCACCAAAGGCGAUUUAAACGUCAAUCUGCAACAUCUUGAGACUUUCGGGCUUGAUGGUGAGGCCACUUUAGAAGGUCCAAUUGAACAGGUAGCUAGGCUGGAGGCAGAGGAGGCUGGGGGUUUACUCAGAGAGCUGGGUAUUACGAGUCCCUCAGCAGCAAGGCUCUCUUCUCGUGGUAUAUUUUGCAGCCGGACUCUGAAUCUUAGGUCGAUAAGUGCUAUAGGAUAUGACAUGGACUACACUUUGAUACACUAUAACGUGAUGGCUUGGGAAGGGCGUGCUUAUGAUUACUGCAUGGAGAAUUUGAAGAAUAUGGGUUUCCCAGUUGAGGGACUUGCCUUUGACCCUGAUUUGGUAAUUAGGGGUCUUGUUAUUGACAAACAAAAAGGAAAUUUGGUUAAGGCUGACCGGUUUGGCUAUGUGAAAAGGGCCAUGCAUGGCACUAAAAUGCUAUCUACUCAAGCUGUUAGCGAGAUUUAUGGGAGAGAACUGGUGGACCUGCGGAAGGAGAGUCAGUGGGAGUUCCUUAAUACGUUAUUUUCUGUUUCAGAAGCUGUUGCAUAUAUGCAGAUGGUGGACAGAUUGGAUGAUGGAGCGAUUCCUGCAGAUCUUGGUCCACUGGACUAUAAAGGACUUUACAAGGCUGUUGGAAAGGCUUUAUUCAGGGCACAUGUAGAAGGUCAACUUAAGAGUGAGAUAAUGUCCAAACCUGAAUUAUUUGUGGAGCCUGAUCCAGAGCUACCUUUAGCACUUUUGGAUCAAAAGGAGGCAGGUAAAAAGUUGCUGCUUAUUACAAACUCAGAUUAUCAAUACACAGACAAAAUGAUGCGGCAUUCUUUUAACAGAUUCUUGCCCAAUGACAUCUGUUGGCGAGAUCUUUUUGACAUGGUAAUAGUCUCAGCAAGGAAGCCAGAGUUUUUUCAAAUGUCGCACCCAUUGUAUGAGGUGGUGACCAGUGAGGGCUUAAUGCGUCCAUGCUUCAAGGCUCGUACAGGGGGGUUGUACUCUGGGGGAAGUGCUCAGAUGGUUGAGAAUUUCCUAAAUAUCCAUGGAGAUGAGAUUCUUUAUGUUGGCGAUCAUAUUUAUACUGAUGUAAGUCAAUCCAAAGUCCAUUUACGAUGGCGAACAGCAUUGAUUUGUCGAGAACUGGAGGAAGAGUAUAAUGCUUUGAUACUAAGCCGGGGUCAUCGUGCGACUGUGAUAGAGCUUAUAAAUCAAAAGGAGGUUGUAGGGGAUCUAUUUAACCAACUACGGUUGGCUCUGCAACGUAGAAUCAAAGGACGUCCAGCUCAGACACUUGCUGCAACUAACAUGGAUGACCGAGAACUGACAGAGAGCAUGCAGAAGCUUCUUAUUGUCAUGCAAAGGCUCGAUGAGAAGAUUGCUCCAUUGCUAGAAGCAGAUGGAGAGCUGUUUAAUAAAAGGUGGGGCUUCCUUUCACGCGCCGGUCUGUGGGACAAAAGUCACUUGAUGCGACAAAUUGAGAAGUAUGCUGAUAUAUAUACAUCUAGAGUAUCGAAUUUUCUGAAUUAUACCCCUUUCAUGUAUUUCCGGUCACAAGAGCAGACACUUGCUCAUGAUUCAUAUUCACAUGACCGUUCAGAACAAAACGGAGAGUGAAAUUCGGAGUCGUCUUCUGGUGGUGAUGGUGACGAUAAUGAUGUUUUCAAAGAUAAGUGUAUUCUAAAAUACUAUUUAAAUAGUAAUCAUGUACUAAUAUAUUUCGAGUAAACCACAAAUGGAUUAGCUGAGCUGAGCUGAACCGAGCAAGAAGUUUAGACUGUUUUGUGUUUUUAGCUUAGUUGUUUAUAGUAUGGUGCGGCCGUGGGUCGUAUUCGUGGAUCAUUCAUACUAGGAAUCAAUAUGAUUAUUGUCACCAUAUUGU